AUGUCAACUUCCCCGCAUUCACGGCUGAUCAAGCGACUGCUGGUCGCAAAUAGAGGUGAAAUUGCUGUCCGUAUUUUAAAUGCCGCACGGGAGCUUCCUGAUCCCGUAGAGACUUUUGCCAUAUACACAGCGGACGACCGUUCGCAUUGUGAUUUAGGUCGUCCAGACCAUGCUAUUGAAAUUCCGUCACCAGGCACGUACCUCGAUAUAUCAGCGUUAGUCGAUUUAGUACGCAAACAUGAAAUCAAUUCCGUGCAUCCAGGCUACGGGUUCCUCAGCGAGAGCGCGGAGUUCGCAUCACGUAUGUGGAGUGAUGCUGGUGCCAUGGUCAUAGGACCCGGUCCGGAGAAUCUCGCUCGAACAGGAGAUAAGCUACAGGCGAAGAAGCUAGCCCAGCAAUGCUCUGUUCCUAUCUUGCAGGCUAUGGACCAUUCAACCACAAGUGUUAACGAGGCACGGACCUUUGCUAGAAAAGUCGGCUUCCCAGUCAUGAUCAAGGCAGUCGAUGGAGGUGGCGGGCGCGGCAUUCGUCUUGUUAGAGAGGAAUCCGAGUUGAAUAACAGUAUUCAACGUGCUAUUGGCGAAUCACCCUCUCGCACGGUAUUCGUUGAAAAGGCUGCGGUGGAUGGAUUCCAUCAUAUCGAGAUUCAGGUUAUUGGUGAUGGUGUGGGCGGCGUGCGCCAUCUUUGGGAGCGAGAUUGCAGUGUGCAACGCCGAUUCCAGAAGGUUGUUGAGUGUGCGCCUUCACUUAUGCGAGACCGAGAAUUGAUCUCUAAAGUGAUUGAUUCGGCGUUGAGAAUGGCUAGCCAUAUCCACUAUCAAUCAUUGGGUACAUUUGAGUUCCUGGUUAGUGAGAAAAGGAAAGAGUUCUAUUUUCUAGAGGUCAAUCCACGACUUCAAGUUGAGCACACCAUCACAGAGUCUAUCAGUGGCAUAGACCUGGUGCAGGCACAGCUUUUACUAGCACAGGGACGGACAUUCCAGGAUAUUGGUCUUGGAUCCGAUGUGAAUCCGAUGGCUCCCCCACCCAACACAUUUUCGAUUCAGCUCCGACUCUGUGCUGAAGAUCCAACCCACAACUUCGCGCUUAGUAUUGGCAAAAUCACGGAAUACAAUAUCCCAAGUGGACAUGGGAUACGGGUUGAUAGCCAUGUUUCCAGCGCCUCUCCACUAGUGGUCGGGUCGAAUUUUGAUAAUCUACUUGCCAAGAUCAUUGUGAUAGCAUCCAGUUGGGAAGCGACCGUGAGAAAAGCUCGGCGGGUUUUAGCUGACUCCAAAAUAUCCGGGAUCAAGACCAACAUCAACCUUCUCCGUGGUAUCUUGGCUCAUAAUGAGUUCAUGGCUGGUAAUAUCGACACCCAGUGGCUGGGAGAUCACCUUGAAGGGACAAUUCAGCUGGGCGAUCAAAUUUCCAGAUCACUUCGGGACCAGUCAGGGCCUACUGGAAUCUCCCAGCAGUCCUUGACACAAGGUGGAUUACCAUCUUCCAAUCUGCUUUUCCGCAAAGGCGAUGCAUGGUCAAUUCGCCUGGAACCUCUUCGAGAGAGUGCAUCACAAGCAUCAGAUAAAACAGCACAUCACCUAAGGUUAUCACGAGUCCUUCGAAAUGAAUUCCCCACCUCUCUUACAGCUGAUAUUGAUUAUACAACUCCAUCUUCGAAAACAGCAGUCCCAUAUCGAAUGCAGAUUGAAACCACUUCAACUGCUGCCUCAGCCCUUGUGUCAUCUUCCCACCGCCGUGGGGAUCCCUCCAAUCCUCGUCAUAUCAUCCUUCCUCUCUCUGGGAGGCUCAUUGAGAUGUUAGUUGCAGAAGGUGAGGAUGUUGUUGAGAACCAAGUUCUGGCGUUUGUCAAGCAAAUGAAGAUGGAACUAGAAGUACGAAGUCCUCGGGCUGGGCGAGUGGUAUGGGUGCACGAAAUGGAGGAUGAAGAGGAGGAUGUUGCAGAGGGUAUGCUGUUAGUGGAAUUAGAGGCGCCAGGGACAGAGGGACAGAUCCGGGGCAAGUUAUAA